CAUUUUGCUGUGUUUUCCCUUUGGUUUCACCACCACCACUCUUCGCUUCUCCACUCCACUUCCCUCUCUCCUCGUACGGGCGGAGCUCGGGAGAACGACGUCGUAUUCAACAACGAGGAGGAAUCGUCAAAUCUCGAUUACCCAAAAUAUUGGAUUUCUUCUCUUCUGCUUCGCUCGCAGGCGCUUUUUCCUCGUCGUCUUCGUCUCUCAGUGUAAAUAAGGGUAACGACGUCGUAGAAGAAGAAGAAGAAGUAGAAGGGAAGAUGAGCAGCAUGGAUUCGGUGCCGUCGAGCGCUGCUCACGGGAAUCUCGAUGAGCAGAUUGCUCAGCUCAUGCAGUGCAAACCCUUGUCAGAGCAAGAGGUGAGGGUGCUUUGUGAGAAAGCGAAAGAGAUUCUGAUGGAUGAGAGCAAUGUACAGCCUGUGAAAAGCCCUGUGACUAUAUGUGGCGAUAUUCAUGGGCAGUUCCAUGAUCUUGCUGAGCUUUUCCGGAUCGGUGGGAAGUGCCCAGAUACCAAUUAUUUGUUCAUGGGAGAUUAUGUGGAUCGUGGAUACUACUCUGUUGAGACGGUUACGCUGUUAGUGGCUCUCAAGGUUCGUUAUCCACAAAGAAUUACAAUUUUGAGGGGAAAUCAUGAGAGUCGCCAGAUUACUCAAGUUUAUGGAUUUUACGACGAAUGCUUAAGGAAAUAUGGUAAUGCCAAUGUCUGGAAGACUUUCACAGAUCUGUUCGACUAUUUUCCACUUACAGCAUUGGUGGAGUCUGAAAUAUUUUGUCUCCAUGGUGGUUUGUCUCCAUCUAUUGAAACUCUUGAUAAUAUCCGUAAUUUUGAUCGUGUACAAGAAGUUCCACAUGAAGGGCCAAUGUGUGAUCUUCUAUGGUCUGAUCCUGACGAUCGUUGCGGUUGGGGUAUAUCACCUAGGGGUGCAGGAUAUACAUUUGGCCAAGACAUAUCAGAGCAAUUUAACCAUACUAACAGCUUGAAGCUUAUUGCUAGAGCACACCAGCUGGUUAUGGAUGGAUAUAACUGGGCUCAUGACCAGAAGGUGGUUACCAUAUUCAGUGCUCCUAAUUAUUGUUACCGAUGUGGAAAUAUGGCGUCCAUACUGGAAGUUGAUGACGGCAACAAAGGGCACACUUUUAUUCAGUUUGAGCCAGCUCCGAGGAGAGGUGAGCCAGACGUAACCCGAAGAACACCAGAUUACUUUCUAUGAACUACAAGGUGACGUUGCACAUCAGAUGAGUCUCCUACGAAUGGCUGUUUAGGAAUUGAAUUGACGGUUAUAAUUUUGCUAUGGUGAUGGUGGGGAUGACAUAAAGCAUGUAGAAAUGGCAGAUGAAGGUUUUUAAUUCUGUUAUGUAGUAGUCUUACAGAGAUACAAUGAAAUGAAGUAAUUGAAGAUGGCGAGACAACAUUGCUGCUUGCUUAGCUUGUACCAUUCAUGCAAAGCUUGGUUUUGUUCUUUCUUCUUGCAUAUUUUUGUUGUUUAUUGUAGUAGAAGGAUAGAAGGAAUGAAGGAAUGAUCAUUUUCUCAAUAUUUUUUUGUCAUUAUUUUUUCCCUUUGUGGUUGCAUUCUGUAGAGGGAGGAAUAUUAUUAGCUUGUCUUAAAUUCAGUUUGUUUAAUCAUUUGCUUUUUU